GUCGCGAAAUUCAACAGAAGUUACAUUAUGUACCUCCUAGCUAUCUGUCUCUUCAUCUUCUACCUCCUACACCUGUUACCAUUUCCUGUCCACCUUGAUUAGAAUUCCUUCUGAUUUCUUUGUCCUGAUAACGCGCCAAUAGUGAUAAAAUAUCAUUUAAUUCACCCUGUAGCGAUCACAAGUUGUGCUUGUACGCUUAAUUCAAGAUCUGUCGCAUAGAAAUUGCCACCACCUAGGAAAUUACCAAACCCAAAUGAAUAUUCCCUGUGGUAGCCUCGAUCUAAUUGAUUCUGAGGUGGAAAGCAUGGAAAGCCAGCUCCCCGAGACCAAUAGCAAUUCCGAGGAUUAUGUAUACACAUGUCCAUUCGCAUCGUACGAAUGUACUUUUAAAGUGUGCAUGAUCCAUGGAAAACAUACAGAACAGGAGAUAGCAGCCAGGAUAGCAGCUAAAUGGAGCCGUUAUGACCCAGCCAACCCGCUGGAGUUACGGGAAUUGAAGACUUGUCUAGGUCAAGACAUAACCUGGGAAGCACCGCAAGAAUUCCAUGCUGAUACGAUUGUUAUCCCUCCCGCUCCUGCCCCUACAGUAUUUCUAAUAGAUAAUAUGAAUGGAGGAAAUAUCGACACAUCGGCAAUAGCAACUACCAGUGAGGGCAACUGCUCAAAAUCUCAGAUCACCCCUGAAAACCCAUCAAAACUUUCAGAACACCACCACGAGACUGAAGAUAUGGAUCUCCUUGCCGAUGGACUUUGGAAACCAUCCAAGAAAUAUGUGCUAGAAGGGAAUAAGGGCGGUUAUGUGUCGUUCUCGACCAUCCCGGAUGAUAACGAUUAUGUCGACCCAGUAUUUGCCAACGAGGCUAAGCGCCACAGGGAAAUUCUUGCCAACCAUUCACACACGAAAGCUCGUAAAAGCAGUAGGGUGCCACUUAUGUUCCAAUACGGUAUCCGAUAUGCGCCAGACCCGUACCCAGCAUCCAUCCCAGUAUCGCGGACCAUCACUAUGACCGGAUUUGCAGAUGAUAUACCAAUCAGUGAUAUCAUGGCGCGAAUCCGUGGCGGACAAGUAAUAUCAGUCACCGAAGCUUGGAGCCCUGAGCCCGUAGGACGUACCGUAGUUGUCAAGUUUCGAGACAGCACUGCGGCUUCGGAGUAUGUCAACUAUGUACUAAGAAACAUAGCAUCCAUCUUUGACGACGGCAUUCGGGUCUCGCUGGUCAAGGCGAAUACCUAUCCUACGGAGCCGGAAUUAAUUCGAGACAUCUCAAACGGAUUUACAAGGCUAAUCGUGUUCCUAGAUUUCGCGGAACACUGCCCGCUUAGCUUCCUUGACGAUCUUGAGUCCAUGUAUGCGGACCCAGAGGACGUGUUGGAGGACCUAUGGGUCCAAAAGGGGUCUUUAUAUCUCCUAUUCAAGAGCACGGCAUUCGCAAGCAAGUUCUACAAAGAUUUCGUCUGGGAGAGAGAGCAAGCCGAACCCGGUUCGUACGAUAACGGAUCAUACCGAUUUGCCCAGGAUCCAUGUAGCCAACCUCUACGCGGUCUGCAGAAGCCUUUCCGACCGGCGAGGUACCCAAAUCAAAGCUGGCUACAGAAAUGGAUAGAAAGGAGAUGUCAGUCAACUACCUCCCUAAACGUCCAAUAUCAUGGCGUCAAUAGCGUGCAAGUCACAUCUCGCGGCGACGGAGAUGAUGAUAGAGAAAUUAUGGAAUACGAAGUCCCUAUCCCAGCUGAGGAAUUAGAUGAACCGAGCCCACAGCCCACGAGCCUACUAGACUCGCCCAUCGACGAGAUCACGUACGAGAAGUUCCCUGCCAUGACCGAAUACCAGACCGAAUUCGCGCUUAUCGACUUCUCUACGGACGAGGAUGAAGACGAAAAGGACAUUCCGAAAUCCAAACUCCCUCAGGAUGACCCGGCUUACUUCGACUCGCUGAGCCGCGACAGCUUCGAUAUGGUCAGCGUAUCCGAAGUUGGUCACUCAUUCUCCAAAGAAUAAAUGCGAGAUCGAUAUUCCGGCUCCGGUGUCUUCUAGUUUUAGACUAGGCGGAUAACUAGAGGGACUUAUCGACGUAUUAAGUUCACAUUCCCUGGUCUAGCGACAGAAUGUUGC